UAAACCGACGCACCCUUCCAUAACGUGCGCACCCCAUGGUGACUCCCAAGAAACCCCACGUCGCGAUCUUCGCAUUCCCCUUCGGUGGCCACGCCGCCCCUCUCCUCUCCCUCUCCCGCCAGCUCGCCACUAACGCCGCAGACGCCAGCUUCUCCUUCUUCUGCACUCCCAAAUCCAACGGCUUUCUUUCGUCGAUCGCCACCGCAUCCGGACCCUUACCCAAUCUCAAGUUCUACGACGUGUCGGACGGUCUGCUCGGUAAUCUGCCGGAAGAGGUAGAGCUGUUCAUGAAAGCGACGCCUGGGAAUUUCGCAAAUGCGUUGGAGGGUGUGGUGAAGGAGAUGGGAGAGGUUACCUGCUUGCUAACUGAUUCGUUUCUGUGGUUCGCGGGACAUAUGGCGGAGGAGAGAGACGUGCCGUGGGUUACGUUCUGGGUAAGCGGAGCUCGGAGUCUCGCGGCACAUUUUUACACUGAGCUCUUCCGGAAAAAGAUAGGGACCGGACCUGAUGUGUUGGCGACACGGCAUGAGGAGCCCCUAGACUUCGUCCCGGGCUUCUUUGUGCUGCGAGUAGGCGACCUGCCCGAGGGAGUUGUCUUCGGUGACCUAGAUUCCUUCUUCCCACGCCUCCUCCACCGCAUGGGUGAGGAGUCGGCACGUGCAACGGCUGUGGUCCUCAAGACCUUUGAUGGCUUGGAUUCCACAAUCCUAACCGAUCUCAGGUCCAAGUUCCGCAGCUGCCUUGCAGUGGGCCCACUCAACCUCAUCUCCCCACUCCUGUCAGAGGAUUCUCACGCUUGCCUCACAUGGCUCGAUCGCUUCGCCCAUAACCCUGCUUCCAUAGCUUACGUUGGCUUUGGCACGGUGAUGAGGCUCACGCCCGCUCAAGUAGCGGCACUAGCCGAGGGUCUGGAGUCGAGUGGGGUCCCCUUCAUAUGGUCCUUGAAAGCGAGGGAAGGUUUGCCAGCUGGAUUCUUAGAGCAGACAGCUGGGAGGGGUCUCGUUGUCCCGUGGGCCCCGCAAUCAAUGGUGCUGGGCCACGUGGCUGUGGGGGUGCACGUGACGCACGGUGGGUGGAAUUCAGUGAUGGAGAGCAUUGCGGGAACGGUGCCGAUGAUCUGUUACCCGACUCUCGCCGACCAAAAGCUGAAUACUCGGUUGGUGUCUCACGCGUGGCGGAUCGGGGUGGAGGUGGAUGGUGGGGUGUUGACGAGGGAUGGGGUGGUGAGAUCUAUCGAGCUGGUGCUGAGGAAAGAUGAAGGGAGGGUAAUGAGAGAGAGGGCUUGUAAGCUGAGAGAGUUGGGUAAGGAAUCUGUUGAAAAUGGGAGUUCGGUGGAAAAUUUCACCAAGCUUUUGGGAAUACUAGUCCCUGGCGGUUGAAAGGCUUUUUUUUCUUCCCUUUUAAUAUAUGAAAAUUAGGGUCAUUUGCGCUAUCCUUGUGUAAUUCAAUAAGACCUUUUUAAAUAAGAGCUGCACUAAAAAGAAUUUUCUUCUUCU